AUUUCAUCAGCAUGUGUGGGGCUCGAGACUGGAAAACUGGGAGCGCGUGAGGCUUCUGUAAGGUGGAGGUGCGAAGGAGAAGACAGAGUUGUGUCCUACGUAAGCUGUCUGUACGGGUGUCCGGGGCUCUGCUCGAACAACUUGUCGAGCAUCGUCGAGCAUCUUGAGUGGAGCAGCUACUGCAGUCUUGACCUCUGCUCUUUGACCUCCAACACUGCAGCUAUGGCACUGGAGAAACUAAUGGGACUGGGCAGGCAACUCGUGCGUGUCAAGGUGGUCGACUGCAGUAUGGAGGGUUCGCCUCUCUCACGCUGCCUUGGCACACUGGAUCUAAUAGCCCUCGGUGUGGGCAGCACUCUGGGUGCAGGAGUAUAUGUGCUGGCAGGCGCAGUAGCGCGCAACGAUGCCGGACCCGCCAUUGUGCUGUGCUUUCUCAUUGCCGCACUGGCAUCCAUACUGGCAGGUCUGUGUUACGCUGAGUUAGGGGCCCGGGUGCCCAAAUCAGGCUCAGCCUACCUCUACAGCUAUGUGACAGCAGGUGAACUCUGCGCCUUCAUCGCUGGCUGGAAUCUCAUUCUCUCCUACAUCAUCGGUGCUUCUAGCGUGGCUCGGGCCUGGAGUGCCACAUUUGAUGAGAUUAUUGGGAAACGCCUUGAGGAAUUCUGCCGGCUUCAUAUGUCCAUUAAAGCCCCGGGAAUCCUAGCAGAGUACCCAGACAUGUUUGCUGUAAUCAUCAUCCUUGUACUCACAGGUCUCCUAUCCUUUGGGGUCAAGGAGUCAGCCAUUGUUAACAAGGUGUUUACCUUUGUCAACGUGCUGGUUCUUCUGUUUGUGAUUGUGUCUGGAGUUAUCAUGGGGACAACCAAAAAUUGGAACCUCAGUCCACAAGACAUCCUGAAUGGCACCAGUAUCUCCCACAAUGCUUCUGAGCCAGUACUCACAACGGAGAACCUUGGAACAGGUGGUUUCCUGCCCUUUGGAUUCAAAGGUGUCCUGUCUGGGGCAGCCACAUGCUUCUAUGCUUUUGUGGGCUUUGAUAGCAUUGCCACUACUGGUGAAGAAGUGCAGAACCCACAGCGGGCCAUCCCCAUCAGCAUUGUCUCAUCACUCCUCAUCUGCUUCGUGGCCUACUUUGGUGUUUCCUCUGCCCUCACUGCAAUGAUGCCCUACUAUAUGCUGGACAGUAGCAGCCCACUGCCUGUAGCCUUCAAGUACGUGGGCUGGGAGUGGGCCACUUUCGCCGUAGCUAUAGGCUCUCUCUGCGCCCUUUCUGCCAGCCUGCUGGGCUCCAUGUUCCCCAUGCCUCGUAUUGUCUGGGCCAUGGCAGAGGAUGGCCUGCUCUUCAGAUGUCUUGCCAAAGUUAACCCAAAAACCAAAACUCCAGUGAUUGCUACUUUGAUAUCAGGCACUGUGGCAGCUGUGAUGGCUUUCCUCUUUGACCUAAAGGACCUUGUUGACCUCAUGUCUAUUGGUACGCUGCUAGCCUACACUAUGGUAACAGCAUGCGUUUUAGUCCUCAGGUACGAGCAGAACCAGCCCAUCCUGGCGUAUCAGAUGGUCAAUACACAGGACGAGGCCAAACAGAGCCAGACAUGUGUUGAAGAGGAGCGCAUCAGUAUGAGGAUCCUGCUGUUCCCUGAGAAGCCAGAACCCUCCCACCUUUCCAGCUGCACGGUCAAAGUUUGCGCCAUUGUACUUGGACUCCUGAUCUGUACAUUCUGUGUGGUGGCAGUGCACGGAGGGCCACAUACGUGGACGUUGGUGGUUCUGGGCAUCCUUGCCAUGAUCUGCCUGUUCAUUACUUUGGUGAUUUGGAGGCAGCCAGAGAGCAAAACAAAGCUGCCUUUCAAGGUUCCGCUGGUGCCGUUCUUGCCUGUGCUGAGUAUGUUCAUCAACAUCUACCUCAUGAUGCAGCUGGACAAGGGCACCUGGAUCCGCUUUGCAUUCUGGAUGCUCAUAGGAUUCCUUAUCUACUUUGGAUACGGCCUGCAGCACAGCACAGAGGCUGUCGAGCACAUCGGCACAUCGAGCACAGAUGCCAGCCUCAAAGGGUACACACUCGCCACCACAGCAAAUGGAGAAUCUGUGGCUCAAGAAGAAGCUGCCUUCCUCAACUGCAAGACUGAAGAAGACUGUCCAUGAGACACCAGAGGGUGCUGUUGAACCUCAGUUUGUCUUACAUUUUAGCUGAUGUGAUGCUGCUUGAAUUGACAUUUCAUACCAACUUAAAUGCUGCUUAGAUCAAAAUGGAUUUUGUGUUGUAUUCAUCAUGGGCCCCCUGUCUCACAUAGGUUUUCACAGCUGUUACAUUUACCUUUAUUCAUUUAGCUGACACUUUUUCCAGAGCAACUAGUAAUGUUAAGAUGCUGACAAUUAUUUGCCCAUUUACACAGCUGGGUAAUUUUACCGGAGCAAUUUAGGGUAAGUACCUUGCU